GGACGCUGCUAGUCCUCAGCAUCAGAAUGUAUAAGCCUGGAGUAUGUCAUUUCUGCCAAUUACCAGGCCACUUCAUUCGACAAUGUCCGUUCCGCAACUGCCCGAACGGAGCACAGAUGGCGGCAAGCAUCCAAGGAGCUAUGGGUAAUGGUGCACAGAACAGUAAUGGUGGUUUGCUACCAGCACCGACUUCUUCUUCUUCACAGGUGGCUGGUGCAUGCAACAUGUCGAGUGCAAUAGUGCCUUAUCAAGCACCUCAGAAUAGAAGCGGAGGAAGCAAUAACGGCAAUUACGGCAACUACGGUGGUAACUACGGUGGUAAUUAUGGAGGUAACGACUUUCGUAACAAUCAGGGUUACGGAGGACAGAGAUACGGCAAGUUUUGGGGAGGCGGUUUCAGAGACUCAAACAAUGACGAUCGCUUCGACAAAAUCUAUGGACUCCUCGCCGAACAGGCCGAUGAGCGAGAGAAGCGGAAGCAGGAGGCAGCUAAGUUGGAGCUUCUGGAAGCCGAGAAGAAGAAAUUGCAGGAAGAGGAGGAACGCAAUGCUGUAGCCAAGAAGAAGGAGCAGCAUGAGGCUAAAUUGGGGAAAACCGUGCAAAGCAGCAUGAAGGCUGUAUGCGAAUCUGUUCUUGGGAAGAAGGUCGACCUUCCUGAUGAAGAUGAAUCAGAGGUAGGGAAGCUACGUCGGGAGCUGGAAGAGUUGAAGACGAGGUGUGCGGGGAAGAAAGUGGAAUCCAGUCUGGAUGCGCUCCGAAGGGAAAAAGAGGCUCUCCAGAAGGCGCAGUCCAGAAGUAGCGAGGAAGAAACGUUGAGGAAAGAGAUCGAGCUACUGAGAGCUCGUAGUGAGAAGGGGUUCUCGGCUGAUGGAUCCUCGGGAAGUUCACAAAGCGACGAGACCGCGGCCUUACGUCUUCAGAUCAAGGAAUUGGACGAUGUCCGCGUAGCACUCCAGCGUCGGAGUAGCGAGAUGAGCAUGUUGAAGGCCGACAACUCGUCUCUCAAGAAGGAUUUCCUUGGUCUGAAGGACGAGCUGAUGGAUCUGAAGAACGCGAAUAACAAAAGGGUGUCGGAUGCGGUCACGGAAAAAAGCCCGCCCAUGGAACCAGAGAAAGGAAAGCAGAGGAUGGUUCCUAUCGGCGAUGCGGUUUACACGCCUAAGGAUUUGGAGGCGCUACAAAAGGCGUACAAAAAAACUCUAGCAGGAGAAGAAGCAGCUAACAAAGAGGCGCAGUUUCUAAAGGAACGUAUGGCGCGAAUGGGAGCUCAAAUGCUUACGAAGCAAAGACUCUCAGUGCGACGGCCAUCAGCGAGGAAAUCUACGCCGCGCAACCUGAGACCUGCUCUAAGCGCCGUCGAUGUCUCGGAUGAUGAGACAGACAAAGAUGAAGGGGCGAGGAAGACCAAGGUUGUUGAAGAAGUGACCAGAAACACCGAAGAAGAGCAGCUGCAGAAGCUUCAGGAGGAUGAACGACGCCAACUUCGCGCAUUGAAGAAAGCGGAUAUGGAGAAAUUGUGCUUAGACGAAGGCAUCACUUAUAUCAGGCUAGAGCAGUCAAAAGCAGAUGUGGCUGAAAUCAAGGCAAAUCGAAGAUUCACCGAGUGGUUGAAGAACCAGGGCCUCCAAGACGAAGAAGAGGACUAGGAGCAGCAUUAUGCCACGUCAACUGAGGAUGUUCAGGGUGAAUGAGGACACGCCCUGAGCAUAUCAUCA